AUGUUACGAUGGUGUCUCCUAAUACUCUGCGUCUCUGCACAACAGCCGUCUCAACAGCCUGUCCAGCAACCACCAUCUGCCAGUAUCAAUAGUUCUAAUAUUCAACAAUCCAUCUACGACGUCAUCGUAGUGGGAGCAGGCCUAACGGGCCUAACAGCGGCUCGAAACAUUCAGCAAUCCAGGCCGGGCUUGUCGGUUUUAGUCCUAGAGGCUCGUGGACAAGUGGGUGGUAGAGUACGGUAUGCAACCAUGCAGACCAGGAAUGGAGUGGAAUUUUUGGACACUGGAUCCCAAUUUAUUUCUCCAACUGACACCGAAUUAUUGGCACUGAUCCAACAGUUGAAUGUUCUGACCAACCAACAAUUGACAUGUGGAAAUAAUACGGUAUUCCAGCAAACGAGAAGGAAGAGACAAUUAUCUUUCCAACAACAAUGGAGCACCACACUCUUCUCGGAUCUCAUCAAUUCUCCAGAGCUCAUUGGAAACCUCACAAAUACCUCUGUGGCUGCAAUGUCCCAACAAAUGGACACUACUGAUGCCGAUUCUGUGAAUCGAUUGAUGCAGACCUUCUUCGACGCUCCAGGAGAGCAAGUAUCAGAAGUUCAGCUAGCUUUAACGUGUUCCAGUCAAAAUGCGACAGCUGUUGAGAUUUUAAGAAGAUUCGGUCAUGGACAAAGUCUUUUAGCUCAAGGAGGAAUGAAUGAAGUUGUCAGGCGGUUGGCAGAUGGACUAUUGAUUGAGUAUACCGCCUUCCCAGCCGUUGUCCAAACGUCAACUGGACGCCGUUUCAGUGCCCGUCAGGUCAUUGUGGCUGUACCAAUUCCAACAUUGGAGAAUAUCGAUUUGGUACCAACUCCAGAAGCACCAUUUCAAAACUACGGACCAACUGGCCACGCCUACUACUUCACGAUGUCUUUCCAACGAGCCACGUGGCGUUUGAAUGGGCGGAGCGGAAAAGUGAUUUAUACAUCGCAAAGUGGUCCAUUGGUCUGGCUGACCACUUUUGACACGACAUUUGCAUCAAGUUGUGACAAUUCCACAUCCGCUUCAUCUUCUCUCUGGGGAAUUGCUCAUUUCUCUUAUGAUGUUCCGUUUGAGACAAGAAAGAAGUUGUACAUUCAAGCGAUUAUGUAUUCUUUGAGAUUCGCCGAUUUUUCGCCAUUGGAUUGCACUGAUGUCAAUUUCGCGACUGAUGAUUUGGCUAAAGGAUCAAUUCCAACGCUAAGAUUGAAUAUUCCAAUGGAAUCUUUAAAAUAUUUAAAUGAUUUCCAUACUUUGUACCAAAAUGUACACAUUGCAACAGCUGAUAUCUCAUCGAAUAGUCUUGGGACAAUGAACGGAGCAGUGCAUUCCGGCUCAGCUGUGAGCAAUUACGUCCUUCAAAUGCUGUCAGCUGCCGAUGCUCAAAGAAAUGAGCUGCUCAGAGAUACUCCUGUAGAAUCCACGACUCCAUAUGUCUACAGCACCUCUUCUCACUAUCCACCAGCCAUGUUUGCUGCUGAAAUUCCAGCACACGUUCAGAAUCAGACGAGAAUUCAGAAUUCUCCCCUGACGCCAUCAAAUUCCACGUCAUCUGGAACAUUCCGAUAUGAAACAAGUUCACAGUAUCCAAGUACAGUACAACCACCAACCACAACCACUAUGAAACAUUUUAGUUUUGGAAAUUUGGACAACUCUACAAAUAACGAAGAACCAGCGGCAGUUCUCUACGAUAGUCCACCGCAACAGGCUCAGCCAACUUUGAAUUACUCAACGACGUUUGCGUAUUCCACUUCCAGUGUAAUGCCGCCAGUCGUGCCGAUCGAAACGACAACGAUUCGACAUUUUAGUAAUGGAAAUUUGAACGAAACGAGUACAGCUCAAUCGCCAGCUGUCCAAAGAGACGACCCUUCAAUCCUAAUAAACCAGCAACAAAAUGGAUAUGUUUACUCAACAUCGACCCACUAUCCAAUUCAAUUAUCUUCGAAUAGGAACAUAAAUGCCCGUGCGACACCAUCUCCAGAAAUCGUUCAGCAACUUCAAGAAGUCUCUGAAAGUGCCACGAAUUUCACGUCACUCCAGCUGGCAUCCAGUUUGACACAACUCGUACAGUCUCUUCUGACGACGUUACGUCUUCAGUGA